AUGGCGUCCUACUGUAUGACUGUCACUAGACUACGGAUGGUGUUGGGAAAUGGGGCGAGGCGACUCCACGUGUCAGCCGCGCUCAGUGCGAAAGCCAAGGUGGCCAUGAGCCGCUACGAACCUGGAUCUUCCGUUGACUACAGCAAGUUGCAGAACAACAUCGAGAUCGUACGCAAGAGACUGAACCGACCUUUGACCCUGUCGGAGAAGAUCGUGUACGGUCACCUGGAUGACCCGGCAGGUCAGGAGAUUGCACGUGGGCGUACGUACCUGCGACUGCGCCCAGACCGAGUGGCCAUGCAGGAUGCGACUGCGCAGAUGGCAAUGCUGCAGUUUAUCAGCAGUGGUCUUCCCAGAGUGGCUGUGCCCUCCACCAUCCACUGUGACCACCUGAUUGAGGCCCAGACGGGUGGAGCUCAGGAUCUACAGAGAGCCAAGGAACUAAACCAGGAGGUGUACAACUUCCUGGCCACAGCUGGAGCCAAAUAUGGUGUGGGAUUCUGGAAACCAGGCUCAGGAAUCAUACACCAGAUCAUUCUGGAGAACUAUGCAUACCCAGGGGUGAUGCUGAUUGGCACAGACUCACACACGCCCAAUGGGGGCGGACUCGGAGGCAUCUGUAUCGGAGUGGGUGGAGCAGAUGCUGUGGACGUUAUGGCGGGAAUUCCCUGGGAGCUGAAAUGUCCAAAUGUCAUUGGGGUGAAGCUGACUGGUUCUCUGUCAGGGUGGACGUCUCCUAAAGACGUGAUUCUGAAGGUCGCUGGGAUCCUGACGGUUAAAGGUGGUACUGGAGCUAUAGUGGAGUACCAUGGGCCUGGAGUUGACUCCAUCUCCUGCACUGGUAUGGCGACGAUCUGUAACAUGGGGGCCGAAAUAGGAGCGACUACGUCAGUGUUCCCCUACAACCAUCGUAUGAGAACCUACCUGGACAAGACCGGACGCUCAGACAUUGCUCUGCUGGCUGAUGAGUAUAAAGAGUGUCUGGUUCCUGAUCCUGGCUGUCAGUAUGAUCAGCUGAUAGAGAUUAACCUCAGUGAGCUGAAGCCUCACAUUAACGGGCCGUUCACCCCUGACCUGGCCCAUCCUGUGUCUGAUAUCGGAACAGUGGCUGAGAAAAACGGCUGGCCUCUGGAGGUCAAAGUGGGUCUGAUUGGCAGCUGUACUAACUCCAGUUAUGAAGACAUGGGUCGUGCGGCUUCGUUGGCCAAACAGGCCCUGGACCGUGGUCUGAAGUGCAAGGCCCAGUUCACUGUCACUCCUGGUUCUGAACAGAUCCGAGCAACCAUUGAGAGAGACGGAUAUGCAAAGAUCCUGAAUGAUGUUGGAGGAGUGGUUCUGGCAAAUGCUUGUGGACCUUGUAUUGGACAAUGGGACAGGCGUGAUGUGAAGAAGGGAGAGAAAAACACGAUUGUCACCUCCUUCAACAGAAACUUCACAGCCAGAAAUGACGCAAACCCAGCAACACAUGCCUUUGUUACCUCACCUGAGAUCGUAACAGCUCUGGCCAUCGCUGGCACUCUGAAGUUUAACCCAGAGACAGACUACCUGACCGCUCCUAACGGGGAGAAAUUUAAACUGGAGCCCCCCACCGGCGAUGAGCUGCCCAGCCGGGACUUUGACCCUGGCCAGGACACCUACCAGCACCCUCCCGCUGAUGGCUCCUCCGUCCGCGUGGACGUCAAUCCCCAGAGCAACCGCCUGCAGCUCCUGGAGCCCUUCCAGAAGUGGGACGGCAAAGACCUGGAGGACAUGAGGGUUCUCAUCAAGGUGAAGGGAAAAUGCACUACUGACCAUAUCAGUGCUGCUGGGCCGUGGCUGAAGUUCCGUGGUCACCUUGACAACAUCUCCAACAACCUGCUCAUUGGUGCUGUGAACAUCGAAAACGAUGCCGUCAAUAAAGUUCGCAACCAACUUACGGGCGAGUAUGGCGGCGUUCCGGACGUGGCACGGUACUACAAGAGUCAGGGAGUUCAGUGGGUGGUUGUGGGAGAUGAUAACUAUGGAGAGGGCUCCAGUAGAGAACACGCUGCCCUGGAGCCCAGACACCUGGGAGGACGAGCCAUCAUCGUCAAGAGCUUCGCCAGGAUCCACGAGACUAAUCUGAAGAAACAGGGUCUUCUACCUCUGACCUUCUCUGACCCUCGUGACUACGAUAAAAUCCGUCCUGACGAUAAAAUCUCCAUCAUCGGCCUCAAGUCCUUCGCUCCUGGAAAGCCCCUGACUGCAGUGCUGAAACACAGUGACGGCAGUGAGGAGACCUUUCAGCUCAACCAUACUUUCAACGAGACCCAGAUUGAGUGGUUUCAGGCUGGAAGCGCCCUCAACAGGAUGAAAGAGUUACAGCACUGAGUAUGGGGGAGGAGCCUAUGAGACAGGGGUGGGGCUAAACAAGGGGGAAAGGUUUCACUGAAAGGGAUUAGGAGUAAAAACCACUUCCCCUUUUUUUUUUUUUUUUUUAUGUUUUAACGGAAACUGUCUAGAGAUGUACCCAAAGGAAAGGACUGUACUCCACACACACACGCGCACACACUCACAUACACACACUCUGCAGGUCGCUGUACUGAAUGAACGCGCACACGCAGUCUCACACACUCUCAGGAUCACUGUUAAUGAACAUUAAGAAGGUCCUCUCCCCCUCUAACGACAGGUGCACAAACACACACA